AUGGCAACCUCAGAUCCCUCCUCUCUUGACUUCGGUCUAGAAGGCUUUCAAAAACUUAUUGAAGAAUAUAAAGCUAAAGAACUGCAAAUUAUGGAGCUAACCAAACAGUUAGAACAGCUCAAAAAAGAGAACACAAGAUUACAAUCACAAAUCAAAUCUUCACCUGACCAAUUCAUAAAUACCCACCAUUUUGAUCAAAAAAAAGCUCAUGAACUUAAAACUGCUUUAGGAAAUGUAGUAGAUGAGAUUUUAACUAAUAAUAAGGAGCAUACAAACCGUCCAAUGGUAUUUGGUCAACAAAGACCGUCGUGGCCUUUGGGUUCAAACUCCAAUGCUACCCACAAUGAAGUAAAUCAAUUAAUCGAAUUGGAGGAAAAUGGGUCAAAAAGUACUAAUAAUAACACAAUCAAUCAUGUUCCAACUCAUACGAACCAUAUUCCUACUAGUCAUGAACCAAUCAUCGAUUCUCAUCCACAAUUCAAUCAUGCCCAAGUGAGACCGUCAGAUGACAAUAAACUUAUUGGUGAGGCGACUUUAAGUCAUCAACAUCAAUUUCCUGUUAUUCCUGAUGGAAAAGUGGACCCCUACAAUCCACAUAAUCCACGGCGUUUCGUCAGCAAUAGUCAUUUCAAUAAUCCUAGCAACCCUAACAGUAUCAGCCUUAAUAAUAACCCCAACAAAAAUAAUAAAAAGAUUAAACCUGACAAACCCGUUUCCAAUUUACCGAAAUACACCGUGUUUAUAGCAUGGACUGGUUCAAUGUCUGCGGAGGGUUUGAAGGCUUUAUUUGAAAAUGAUGAGGUUCGAUUCUUACCUAAUAAACAAUUCGCUCAUGUGGAUUUAAAGACUGAAGCCGCUAAGAAUAAGGCUUUAAAACUUAACGGCGAGGUGAAGUCACAAGAACAAGGAAGAUUACGAGUAGAAGAAGGAAAACCUCGUGGUAACAAUUCCACAG